AUGAAAAGAAUUAAGAAUUUAGCAUUUUUGUAUAUUGCUUUAUUUUUUUUUUAUAUAUUUGAAGGUGUCUUUUGUGAUAAAUUAUAUGCACUUGGAACAAAUCCUAUCCCUUGUUCAGAAUGCCAUAAUAUAUACAAUUGCACUGCAUGCAUAUAUGAAGAAAAAGAAGCAUCACAUACAAUACCUUUAAAAUUAAAUAAAAAAAAUAUUCAUGAUCAUAAUAAUCUUAAAAAGCAUCAUGAAUCACUAAAAUUAGGCAAUGUAAAAUUUUAUGUAAAUAGAGGGGAAGGUAUUUCCGGAAGUUUUGGACAUAAUUCAGGAAAUUCUCUAGAUGAUAUAGAUAUUAUAAAUGAAGAAAUAAAAAAAAGAAAAAAACUAAUCUUAAAUAAAAAUUUUUUGGAAUUUACUGAUUAUACGAAGACAGACUUAUCUGAUUUUUUUCCUGGUAUACACAGGCAUAAAUAUGAAGGAAAUAAUUUUAAUAUUGAAAAAAACUUUAUUGAUUUACAUAAUAAAAAUGCCACUAUCGAGCAAACUAGUGAUAAUGUAUUUUUAGUUCCUUUAAAGCACUUGAGAGAUAGUCAAUUUGUUGGAAAGUUACUAAUAGGUACUCCCUCUCAAGAAAUGCAUCCCAUUUUUGAUACAGGAAGCACAAAUUUAUGGAUAGUUACAACUAAAUGCGAAGAAGAAUCUUGUAGAAAAGUAAACAGAUAUAACCCUAAUAAAUCAAAAACAUUUCGAAGAUCAUUAAUAGGAAAACGUUUACGUAUAGUUUUUGGUUCUGGUUCUAUUUCUGGAUCUAUAGGAACUGAGACUUUUAUAUUAGGAGAACAUAUAGUGAGAAAUCAAACUUUUGGAUUAGUUGAAAGCGAGUCUGACAAUAAUAAAAAUGGUAGCGAUAAUAUUUUUGAAUAUAUCCAAUUUGAAGGAAUAGUUGGUUUAGGAUUUCCAAAAAUGUUAUCAGCUGGAAACAUUUCCUUUUUUGAUAAUUUAGUAAAUCAAAACAAGAAUGUUCUUGAACAAUUUUCAUUUUAUAUAUCUCCAUAUGACGAUACAUCAGCUUUUAUGAUAGGAGGUAUAAGCAGAUCAUUUUAUGAAGGAAAAGUUUAUAUGCUACCGGUUGUUAAAGAAUAUUAUUGGGAAGUCAAAUUAGAUGCUAUAUAUGUAGGAGAUGAAAAAAUAUGUUGUGAAGAAGAAAGUUAUGCAAUAUUUGAUACAGGUACAUCAUAUAAUACCAUGCCCAGUACUCGUAUGCAAACAUUUUUAAAUUUAGUACCUUCUAGUACUUGUAACGAAGAUAAUUACCAGGAAGUCCUAAAAAAUUACCCUAAUAUUAAAUAUGUUUUUGGAAAUUUAAUAGUUGAAUUGAUUCCUGAGGAAUAUAUGAUUUUAAAUGAAGAUACAUGCAUACCUGCAUAUAUGCAAAUCGAUGUUCCAUCAGAAAACAAUAAUGCCUAUUUACUUGGUAGUAUAUCAUUUAUGAGGCAUUAUUUUACUGUUUUUAUAAGAGGAUCAGAAAACAAACCAUCCAUGGUUGGAAUAGCUAAAGCCAAAAAAAAUAUUAAAGUUUAA